GCCGCCGCUCGCGCACGCCUCCAUCUUGGGGCAGGGGGGCGGCGCCGCCGCCGGACGGAGGUGCGGGCCCCGGCGCGGCGCUCAGAUACCAAGAUCCAUUUGUGGCAUGACAGUUUGAUACUCUGUUAUAUUUUCAACAGAAGGACUUCACGUAACUGGAUGAAAAAUGAUUCUGCAAGAUGACCGUUCCAAUUCUAACACAGUUAAAAUGGAGACUGUCUUCACUUUGACGUGAUAUGUGAAGUUUGCUAGUUUUCUUUCUUGUUUUGAAAUCAUUACAGAAGGUUACAAAUGGUGUGGGUUUUUAUCAUGAAUCGAAUGAGCUCCCAGAGCAAUUCAUCCACUCAACGUAGGCGAAUGGCUCUAGGAAUUGUCAUUCUUCUCCUUGUUGAUGUGAUAUGGGUUGCCUCUUCAGAACUUACUUCUUAUGUUUUUACAAAGUACAACAAACCCUUUUUCAGUACUUUUGCAAAAACAUCCAUGUUUGUUCUAUAUCUCUUGGGAUUUAUUGUUUGGAAACCAUGGAGGCAACAGUGUACACGUGGGUUUCGUGGAAGGCAUGCAGCUUUUUUUGCAGAUGCUGAAGGUUAUUUUGCUGCCUGUGCAACAGACAACGCUGUAAACAGUUCUCUGAGUGAACCUUUAUAUGUUCCUGUAAAGUUUCAUGAUUUGCCAACUGAAAAAAGUGGCAGUAAUAAUAGUGAUGCAGAGAAAACUCCUAAAAAGCCUCGUGUAAGAUUCAGUAAUAUUAUGGAGAUUCGACAACUCCCAUCAAGCCAUGCAUUGGAAGCAAAGCUGUCUCGCAUGUCAUAUCCAACUGUUAAAGAGCAGGAAUCAAUAUUAAAAACUGUAGGAAAACUCACUGCAACUCAAGUAGCAAAAAUUAGCUUUUUCUUUUGCUUUGUGUGGUUCUUGGCAAAUUUCUCUUACCAAGAAGCUCUAUCAGAUACCCAGGUUGCGCUAGUUAAUAUCUUGUCUUCGACCUCUGGACUUUUUACUUUAAUCUUGGCUGCAGUCUUUCCCAGUAACAGUGGGGACAGGUUUACCCUUUCCAAAUUGUUAGCUGUUAUUUUAAGCAUUGGUGGUGUAGUACUUGUUAAUCUUUCUGGAUCUGAAGAAUCUUCUGGAAGAGAUACAAUAGGUUCCCUUUGGUCCCUUAUAGGAGCAAUGCUGUAUGCUGUGUACAUAGUAAUGAUAAAAAGGAAAGUAGACAGAGAAGAUAAGCUUGAUAUUCCAAUGUUUUUUGGUUUUGUAGGGCUGUUUAAUCUGUUGUUGCUGUGGCCAGGAUUUUUUCUGCUUCACUAUACUGGGUUUGAAGCAUUUGAAUUUCCAAACAAACUCAUAUGGAUGUGCAUUGUCAUUAAUGGCCUUAUCGGAACAGUUCUGUCAGAGUUCCUCUGGUUGUGGGGCUGCUUUCUUACCUCAUCACUGAUAGGCACACUUGCGCUAAGCCUUACAAUACCUUUGUCCAUAAUAGCUGACAUGUGCAUGCAGAAGGUGCAGUUUUCCUGGUUAUUUUUUGCAGGGGCAAUCCCUGUAUUUUUUUCUUUUUUCAUUGCCACUCUAUUGUGUCAUUAUAACAACUGGGAUCCAGUGAUGGUGGGAAUCAGAAGAGUUUUUGCCUUUAUCUGUAGAAAACAUCGCAUUCAGAGAAUGCCAGAAGAAAGCGAGCAGUGUGAAAGUCUCAUUCCUAUGCAUAAUGUUUCUCAAGAUGGAGAAAGUUGCUCAUAGGCAAAAGUUUAAAAAUGGAAUGAUGCCCAGCGAAGAGACAAUCUCCUGGAAGGUCCCUAAGGAAUCAUGUUUCAGUGCCUAUUUUGAAUUUGUAGUGAAAAUAAGAAGUUUCAGUUCUUUUGAAACUCUAAACUUUUCCUCUUUCUCCUGUCAUCUGGUUUUAUAAAAGAACAACUUUACUACAUGCAUAUUGCCAUAGGGAGUCUUAGUCCAUCUAAGCAACCAACCUGCCUUAUAACACUGAGCUGGUAAAGUUACUUGACAAAAUCAAAAAAUGAAUGCUGUUAGGUGAUUUUAGGUGAUUUUUUUUUUUAAACUCACAAUUUUGUUAAAUGCUGGACAAUAUUAUUUUUAAAAAAUACUUUCAAAUGAGUUAUGUAAAUAAGUUUGCAGGUCAUCAUUUCUUACAGGCUUUCAGAUGAGAAGCUAAAUAGAUAUGUUACCUGUAGUAGGUACAAAUUAACUUUUUUAUGUUGUAUAAACUCUAUUUGCAUAUUAAUAGAAGAAAUUAGAAAAAUAAUUUAUUAAGUGCAUUCCUGUAAUUAUGGAGGCAGGAUCUUUGUACAAUUAUGGAACACUACAUAAUAUAUGUCUUACUCCAUUUUGAGAAGCCUUGUAAUUACAAUGGGUGCCCAUGUUUAAAAAUCUUUUGUUAGCUAACAAUCUAGAAUGUUUAAAAUUUUAGCAACUGGUAAAACGUUUCUAAUUACAGUACAUCUGGUGUAGGUUCUCAAAAUCAACACUUACUACUUUUAAGCAGGCUGAUUAUGUAACCUACCAUUAGUCCAAAUGAUCUAAUAUGGAAAACCAGGUAAAAAAUGGAAGCUUUCAUGUGCAGAGCUACCAGCUUAAGAAAGGGAUCAAAUUAAUUUCUAAAGUUUUCAGUUAGUGGAUUGGCCUACAAUAAUCCUCUAAACAAUAUGAAAGGUGCAAAUAUUUGCAUUUUUUUGUCAAUUGUGUUAAUAAAUUUAUUCUAAAACUUAUUUUUGUCCUUACAACCUUAAUCUUUCUUCUACUGCAGUGCCUCUGUCCUAUUUGAAUCUGAAAAGCUAUGAAUAAUUAUAUUCAAGAAUAUUUGUUGUUAGUCAAUACCAUUUUCCAAUUUCUAGCCUAUAAGACACUUCUUAAACAACAGAAACAAUUAAUUUUGGAUUUGGAUGAAUUUUAACUCUUUUUUUUAUAGUAAGUGCAAGAUGAGUUUUCAGCUAACAGCACUAUCUUCCACAUAACAAGACUACUAAUAAUGUAGAGGACUUCUGCUAUCCUUUUACAUGGAUAUCAAAAGGUAACAUACUGCAAGCGCUUUUUCAAGUUUUGACCCUCAGUAAUGAUCUUAAUAAGAACAACAGUAUGUUUGGUGAUAAACUACUAGUCUGGAGGGAAUGCAGGAAAGCAACAUACCUACCUGUAUGUUUAGAAGGGUUGAUUAAGCAAUGGUUAAAAUUUAAUGUAAAAUUCUGUAGGUAGAAAAGGAAAAAUAUUGGAAAAAUGAACCUAGAGGUAAUUCUGGUUAGAGAGAAAUACUGCAUCUUUAUGAUUUUUUUUCCUAUAGUUUUUAAUACUGUAUUACAUUACAAAUUUCAGUUGUUGUCUGCAAUGAAUAGGAGGCUUUAAGGUGAGAUAGUAAGUCUCGCUUUGAACACCUGAAAAGGGGUUUAAAAAAAAAAUCCCAAAACCAAAAGAUUAUAGUCUCAUUAAAGUUACCUAGACAUCUCAAAAAAACUCGGAUUUUAAUUCUCUGAACCCAAAAGUAGGUUUAAGUGGUGGUAUGUAGAAUAAAUUUUAUGUUGACUCUGGUGGAAAUUUCACGGUUAUUCUGGUAGGAGGAGAUUCUAAGGCUUUUUUUUUUUUUUUUUCUAAAUUAUGACAGAUUGCAGGAUCUUAGCUUUGCCAUUUAGUUUUGUUAAGAAGUGCUGUUAAGGCAUACUGGCAAGUGUUAAUGUCUGUUUUCUUUUAUAGUUAUAUUUGAAUGAGAUGCGUCCUGAUUAUACAAUACCAGGCUUUACGUAAGCAAAUUUGAAACUGUUCCCUUAUAGCAGACAGACAGUAAGGAAUUGUGGCAUCUGCACACUAAACCUGUCAAAGCUUUCAAUUUGAUUUCACAGGAAUUACAGUAUUUUUAGGGAAUGUCACCAUACUGUUUUUUGAAAUCAGUCAUACAGAUCGAUGGAAUUGGAGGUGUUGGCUAAGGGCAUUUGCUAUCCAUAUUUGUCCUUAUGUGCAUGUUACAAAGUGAAAGCUCAUUAUAGUAUAUGUUUGUUUAGUGGUAUUAUUGUAUUGGAGAGUUUAAGAAACAAAAUAUUAGAGAAUAUUCUUCUGUCUCAGACUCCAGGAAUGUUGAAGCAUCUUUGAGUACAGUUAAAGUGAGAGCCUGCCUGCUCUGUUUUGUUUUCCUUUUUGAUUAAAAAAAAAAAAAAAAAAAAAAAAAAAAGUUGAAAUCUUUAAGAUUGUUAAUGGAAGUAUUUUUAGCAGUCUUUUUGCAUUAAAUUACAGUGCUUCGAAGAAUAAAAAACAAAUUAAAUCACCCUUCCUGGAAGGCCAUAGAUUUUUAAACAGUGGUGCCCUUGUGGUUACAAAAAACGUGUUAUAAUUUUAAUUACUGAAGUUAUGACAUGUAAAAUUGUUCCUGCAUUUAAUAGAAUGUGAUGAGAUUUUUCUAUAAAAUCUUGUGAUUUUUAGUACAACAAUAUUUUAUAAAUAUAUUGUCUUAUUUGAAAUGUAAUUUGUGUAGCUCUCUAAUGGGUGCUUGAUAAAUGCACAAGAGAUUUAGCUUUGAUUCUCAGGUACCGCUGAUAUAGUGGUUCGUUCUCUCUCUCCCUCCCCCCCCCCCCCCCCCCCUGUCUUCCUUCUCCCUUCUUUCCCACCCCUCAACCUCAAAUCACAACUGGAAUGUGAAGGAACUCUCUUGUGAAAACUUUCAUUACUCCCAUGUGCUAAACUGUCAUUGCUUGUGUUUCACUUUGGGAAUGUCUUGAUUCUGACUUAUUUCUUGUAGGAAGUGCAUAUACUUUUUUUUAAAAAAAAAAGACUGUAAAAACACAAGCUUUUCUUUGAAUGACAUUAGACACUUAAAAGAGCAGUGAUGUCCCAUGCCUACAAAAUAAGAGAAUGAAUGCUACAUGUGUUGUUCUGUCCAACAGUUUAAUUUCUGCAAUCCUAUGAGGGAAACAAGUUCCCCCUUCCUCCUUCCCCCGUGUUUCGGCAGUGUCUGUUCCCCCCGCAUCCCCCCAGGUUUGGGUUUUUUUUGGUUUUUAUAUAUGGAGGAAAUGAUAGCAAUUUGCCAAAUGCCGUGUAGCAAGCAUUAGCUUUCAGGGUACUGAUGCAUCUCACAUAGCUCAAUGUACUGUAUUCUGCAGUCCAGAAUGAAGGAAAACAAGGAUUUUGAUUUUUCUAGCUGCUUUCUGCUAGGUUUUGGUCAUGGCAAAAAUGUGUUCACUAAUAGGGGCUGCUGUAGAUUAAUACUGAUUCAGCAAAGGGCUUGAAUACAUGUGAUACCCAGUACUCAAGAACUGCUAGUAACAUCUGGAGCCCCUGCAUGCCCCAGAGGGCCCAGUCCUUGUGUAGUCCAGCGUGACUCUUGCGCGCUGCCCUUCUGCCUGUGGAAAUCAGCGCCGGGAGCAGAGGCUGUUGAACAUACCUGAUCAGGCCUCACGUGCACGCUUAACCUCAGAACCUGGGAGACUAAGGCGCAGCCCGGUGAUCUCGCUGUGUUGCACAUGCUGAAGUACUUUGCUGAAAUUGGGUGUUCAGCAGUAGUAUUCUUCAAGUGACAAAUUGUGGUGCUGCAUGUGAUACUUGAUGCAGUAUGCUGCUAUAUGCGUUGCAUACCUCCAUGUAACAUACUAGCAACAACAGAAGAGCCUCUGAAUGACUUGUCUUGGUGUGUGCUGUUGCAAUUGCCACUUUCUCUUUUGUUACGCCCACUGUGGCUAGGUACUGCUAUUCCCUGUUCUGAUUGCUUUUAAAUAAGGUGGUAAAAUGAUUUCUUUAUUUCUUGAUUCCAUCUGUCUUCAUCCGCAACAUUUAUCAUUCCUACUUCCUACUAAAAAGAUAUUAUCUUGGGGAAAUUAAAGUAUUAAACUUACAGCUGUGAGGAGGGGGAAAAUGAGUUAACGCUCAGAUACUGAGUGAGUUCAUGGACACUUUUCAAUUUCAUAUGGCAGUAUGCCUCAAUAAGGCAGAGUCUUUGUGUGUGUGUGUGUGUGUGUGUGUGUGUGUUAAUAAAGUGGUAAGAAAUAGCGUACUCAAAAAUCAAGAAAUGAACUAAUAAUAUCUCAGUGUUGAGUGAUACAGCUAACUGCAGGAUGGUACUUCUAACAAAGAAAAUGGAUUAGAAGUAUUAUAACUGUGUCAUAACAUUUGUAGUGUCUGCAACUUAAUAACUAAAUCUGCAUUUAAAUGUUGAUAGUUCUUAAAUAGCUUGUUGUGCAUUUUUUUCUUUUUUAUUUCUUAGUCUAAGAUUGCAUUAAUUUUCUGUUUUCUAUUUUACACAGUUAUCGCCUGGCAUGAUUUCUCAGGGAAUAUGGAUGAUGCUAUGUGAUGUAUGAGUUGAUAACUAAUUGAUUUUAAAAUCAAGUUAAAACCAUUUUCAACUUUCACUCGAACAUUUUGCAUCACAUGACUUACAUGUUGAAUUUCCUUUAAUCUAUUCAGUGAAUCAUGAGGGUAUUGGAGCAUUUAAAGGUGGCAAUAAAAUACACUUCGCCCAAUACUUCAUUACUUUUCAGACAACCUCUAUUCACAGUUGACAUUGCAAUUUGUGUUUUUUUCCCUCCUACUUUAUUGUACCAUACACCAUAUAAAUUCAUAGUUGUACUGUAGAUUUCAAAGCUGCACUCGUAUGUCAUGACACUAAUGGUUAGACAAUGCUUUAGUAAAACAUAAUCCGAUUCUGGGGUAGAAUGCCAAUAUAAAUCUACAAAUAUAAAUACAUUCAUUUGUAUCAUUCAAUUUUUAUGAAGUCUGUUAACUUUGAAGAUUUUUGUUUGUUUUUCCAGUUGGCUAGGCUGAGAUUUGGUCCAAAGCCCAUCAGAGCCAUAGACAGCAUUAAUAAAAUAAAACUAUUGAAAUGAAA